AUGAGUACAGUAAACGUAUGUUUGUCUCUUUUACAGGCCAUUUCCGACGUAGAGCACAGGGAGCUGAUGUUUUUAUUCGGCAAACAUGGGAGGCGCAGUAGCUACGAGUUUGAGGACAUCCCUUCCUUACCGUCGUAUUCACAAGAGGAAAUAACCUCCAAUGGGUCACCAACGAGUAAUAGCAUGCCUCCUUCGGUGUUCUCUCCUGGCGCGACACAAAAUGGUACCAUCUCACCGACUCGUAAAAGAGUGCUCUCCAAUCCCGGAUAUGGCACGCCCGGGACAAUGUCUGCGAGUCCUUAUCGUACCUCUUUCAAACCCGGAAGUCCCUCUGGUUCACCCGUGCUCAACGGCGUGCCGGGUCACCAGCGAAAUGGGAGCAGCACCUCCUUUGUCCCUGGCCAUAUGAGAAAUGGUAGCACUAGUUCGUAUGGGUCUGAUACGAACAAUGUACGUGGAAGCAUAUCGAGCGUCUCUGGACGACCUGAGUACUCUACUCCGAACGGCCAAGCCGCGGCACCGUAUGGACCUCCGGGAACAGUAGCACAUGGGUUCCAAUUCAGGGGUGGCCAUGCCAGAUCACCCAGUACGAAUAGCGACAUUGCAGGCUCUCCAUUCCGGUCCACAUUUGCUUCGAUCGAUGAGAACCUUCCCGAUUCUACCUUGUCCACGUCGUCCUCGAUCCAGGGGCCAAACCCUCCGAGCGACGCACCUCCAUCUCCAACGUUAUCAAACUCUUCGUACCAUGUGUAUUCCUCUUCGGCCCAUGCACGGAGACAUUCACGCAUCCACUCCCGGAAUCUCUCAAUUUACUUCCCUCGACCGGGCGCUACUACUGUGCAUUCGAUAGCAGAAGAUGGAGCACAAGAAAUAGAGGCACCAGUGACGCUUAUUUCAGGCGGUGGACCGACACCGACUCUUGGAUCAGGACGUACUAGACCGACGCCCCAAUCGUCCUCUUUUGUCUCUUCGCCUCAACCACGCACACAGUUAGGAGGUGGCUUCAAAUUUGGUGGAAAACCACCUCCAUCAGCUACUUCGAAUAGUCAAAGCCAGUCUGGAAAUACGUCUCCAACUGGAUCUGAGGGACCUGGCAGUGUGCCUAUGUCAAAGGCUGCUACCCCUAACACGAGCGCAUCACAGAGCACUGGCACAGCUUCUAGAAGAGGUCACCAUCAUCGUCACUCUUUGUCUCAUAGUUUCUUCUCAUUUAUGGAGCCUUCACCUUCAGCUUCCUCGCCCGCAUAUAACCACAGGAAGCAACCAUCUUCAGGCUUGACGCUCAGCGUCACUGGCGCAUCUCCAACCUCUACUAAUACUCCGAUCUCCGCUCUUCCUACUGCCAGUGGUUGGGGCCCCAUAUCACCCUUCCCUCUUUCCACCACUGCCGCAGCCUUCCCAUCGGCUCAAAUCAUUCCCCCUAAACGGACAAUGGCCUUUCAUCCUGCAGCGCUUCCGAACCCUUCUACACAGCGCUCUUCUUCACUCGUUGAUAAGGUUACGACUCUCCCUGGACACAUGCGAAAUAGCCUUGCCUUUGCUUCUUUAGAAACUUUACUGGGUUGCGUAUUGUGGGUUAUGGGGCAACACGCCGAAAGUUUAGCUUGCACUGGAUUAGCUUAUUGGAUAGUCUUUGAUGCGCUUGGUGUCGGAUUAGGCGUCUAUGGACGUCUCGUCGAAGCCGGCGUAGGUCAAGGUAGCUUGAGGCUACCUUACGGAGCUAAGCGGAUGGAAACUACUGCUAUAUUUGCGCAGGCCGUCUACCUAAUGUUCGCAGCAGUUUAUAUCUGCAAAGAGACCUUAGAACAUGCUCUUCUCUCCGCUGGUGAUGCCGGGCAUCACCACCAUCACGAACAAGGACGUGGCGGAGUUCUCUCGACAGGCGUGCUUUUCAAGAAUAAUGUCAAAGUUCUAGACGCCACUGGCGUUUACCUCCCUUCUGUCCGCCAAACCUUACGAUUUUUCUCCUCUCCUAACAAUUGGACGACCAGA